GACGUGGACGAGGACGAAGCGGCGGGCCGAAGAUCGCCGAGUGCACGGCUACGCGGAGAGACUACGGCUGGUAUGGUGUGGGCCGCAGCACGGGCACAGUGUUCAAAAAGUCGGCACGACGCACGAAUCGCGUUACGCGCCGCGACGCAGAGCCACGAAGCCGCGUCGUCGAAUCGCGGUCUGCUGGCCUCUGAUCGAGAGCCGCCCCGUCGAGUGGAGCCAGGUAACGCGGACAGUCAGCCGGUUGCUCGACCAGCAACCACCAUCCGAAUUCACGGGUACGACCGGACGACGGGUCUGGGUUAGGGCUCGCGAAUCACCAGCUACGCUCGACCGUUCGGAGCUUGAGCUGUAGCGAGAGCAAGUGCCGUGUAAUCAGCGGUAGCAUCAACGUAACUAGUGCGUUAAAUAUGCGAGGUGCCGAUAAGACGGUGCGGUAGGUCGGACGAGUAAAAUUUCGGGCAAGCGAGGGAUCGCGUAGAAAUUUGGCUCGGGCGUUCUAUCGUUGGUAGGUCGGUCAGCUUAACUGGCGCGUUGGUCGCGCACAGCAGUGUCCGUACGGUGGUCCGUGUGUGCGCGUCGACGCGCUUCGUCGGGUUCGCGGUGAUCGAGCGAGAAAAGCAACCCACCGAUCGCCGCCACCGGGUCGGGAAACGGUCGCGAUCGACGUACACGCGCGCUACUUCUCGCGGUAAGAUCCGAUGGUGCCCGAAACGUUCGCGGCCCUUUCGUCGCCAGUCUGUGUCCAGUGAUGUACUCGUAGUGUCGCGACGAGGAAGAACGAUCUCGAGCGUGGUUCGAACCGACUAAGUUCGCCAAGUGCGCGAACCCCGACGAGAGAAGCGGCCGAGCCACUUUCCGUUGUAUCCGGUUGUCCGGUUGUCCGCGCGGCCGCUGAAAAGCGAAAGCUCGCGUUUCGCGGAUUUAGCCGAGCAACGAGCAUCGAUCGAGAAGAAAAGUAUGCACGCCAGGGACGAAUGAGAAUCAUCGAGAGAGGGGUAUCGUGCGAUCGUGAAACUUUCCGGGCCGCGAUGAACGUCGACGAGCGGUUGGUCGACGAUUCUCGAUAACCAAAAGAGAAUGCUACGGAAGCAAAGUCGCUGCCGAGUUACGCUGCCGGGGGUGACGAAUCGUUAGCGUAAUUUAAUCGACUUGGAGGUUGGCGAGGAGGUCGCGAAAAGAGUCGAGAAGAGGAUAAAAGCAAAGACCGGUCGGGACGAGAGGAUCGAAAUAUCGGCGUAGUCUGCACAGCUUCCGGGAUUCGUGGGUGUUUUUACGCGUACAGCGUGGAUCGAUAGGUGUCUCGCGAGCUCCGGUCGCGGCUGGUUGACGACGUUCGUGUCGGCAGGAAGGACCGCGUUACGUCGAACGGAAAACACCGAACAGGAUCGAAACAGCAGCAGCAGCAGCUCCUCGAUCCUCGUCGAUACGAUUUAUGGGGGACUUUAGCGGUACGAGUCUUUUCUCGAACGCCUUGUCCUCCACGACGAAAUCGUCGAUCGGUACCACCGGCAGCGCCAACAACGCCGUAACCGUGACUACGUCGACGAUGCAGGACGACCUCUUGAUCGAGAAACAAGCCGCUGGCAAGCCCGCGCCGCUCUCGCCGAGCAGCGGCCUGGAAACGGUGGCUGGACAAGAGAAGACCAAGGACGCGGUCGAGGUCGAGAGUAUCGCUAUCACGUCGACGACGCCCUCCUCCGUCGUCAAGGAUAUUGCGUGCAACACCGGCUCGAGUCUUCAGGCGUUCUCCGAUCCCGGCAGAGUACCGAACUUGUGGUCCGCCCCGGACGACACGGGCCUCCACGCGUUGCCCGUCAACGGAUCCAUCGCCGCCUUUCAGAACUUUCCGACCGGCGGUCCGGCGGGUUUGUUCGCCGGGAACGGGUCCGCCGUGUCCACGGGUUCGCGACGCGCGAUCACGGCUAGUCACAAUUUCCCGCAACAGCAUGGGAACGCUGGUGCGCCCAUCAAUAGACACGGUCUUCAGGUCUCUUCGGCUCAACAGCAGCAGCAACAACAACAACAACAGCAGCAGCAGCAGCAGCAGCAACAGCAACAACAACAACAGCAGCAGCAGCAGCAACAGCAACAACAACAACAGCAGCAGCAGCAACAUCAACAACAACAACAACAGCAGCCUCCGGCCACCUCACAUCCAGGCGUUUACUUUCCUGGGAAAGGAUACGUGGCCUGGUCGGGUGGGCCUCAAGCGCCUCAACAAUGGGGCGCCGGGCCCCAAGCAACCGCGGUCGCGAAUCCAGGACUCUCGUCGUGGAAUCGCGGCAGAUCCGUGUCGAAUCUUCCUCCCCUGCACUCGUCUUUACACGCGGCAACCGCGGCUGCGGUAGCCGCUGGACUCCAAGGGAGGAAACCGAGUCCGACGUUUCCCGGUCACCCGGGGCCACCAGCUCAUCCGUCUUGCAUCAGCCCGGUAAAGUUUCGAAGGAGUACCUCGUACCCCGGAAAGGGGAACAUAUACGCGCCCCAACCCGCGCCCACGUUCGAAGUUACGGCCGCCGAAGAGAAGGACUUGCUGCAGUUGCCACCGUUUCAGCAGGAUCGUAUGACGGCCAAUGGAAACUCGCCGCUGGACAGUAUGAGAACCCUGGAGCAUUAUUUGAGCGACAUCAUGCGAACUGGCGCCGCGGAUACCCCGAAACAGGUGAAAGGAUACAUAAACUGCAAUGCCAGCACGCUACAGUCGCUCGCGCAGUUACACGGUAAAUCGCCGUUCUUCCCGAGUCUCGAGGAACAGAGCGGAACCCUGCUGGAGGAUCCGAACGCACCGAAUCAAUUGGACGGCGUUGGCGUUGGCGUGGGUGUCGGUGUCGGAGUUGGCGUCGGUGUCGGCGUCGGCGUCGGUGUCGGCGUUGGCGUCGGGGGUGGCAUAACCGCCUCCCAGGCUGCACCGCUUUCGUCGCCGAGUCGGAGCAGUCCUCACAGCCAGGGUAGCGAGACCGGAGAACGCUUUUCUAGGAAAGUGUUUGUCGGCGGAUUGCCACCAGACAUCGACGAGGAAGAAAUCAAAGCCAGUUUUCGUCGUUUUGGAUCGUUAGUCGUCGAUUGGCCCCAUAAAGCGGAGAGCAAAUCCUACUUUCCACCAAAGGGCUACGCUUUCCUGCUUUUCCAGGACGAAGCGUCUGUGCAGCAGUUGAUCGACGCGUGUAUUCAAGACGAGGAGAAACUGUAUCUCUGCGUAAGUUCACCGACGACCAAAGACAAGCCGGUACAGAUCCGACCAUGGCGAUUGAGCGACGCGGACUUUGUAUUGGACGCAUCGAUGCCGCUGGAUCCGCGGAAGACCGUGUUCGUGGGCGGUGUACCGCGACCAUUAAAAGCCGUGGAGCUGGCUAUGAUUAUGGAUCGGCUUUACGGCGGCGUCUGUUACGCAGGCAUCGACACCGACCCUGAGCUCAAGUAUCCCAAAGGAGCCGGCAGGGUUGCCUUCAGUAAUCAGCAAAGCUACAUAGCUGCCAUAUCGGCUAGAUUCGUCCAACUGCAGCACGGCGACAUAGACAAAAGAGUCGAAGUGAAACCGUACGUUCUGGACGAUCAAAUGUGCGACGAAUGUCAGGGACAACGUUGCGGAGGUAAAUUCGCGCCGUUCUUCUGCGCCAACGUUACCUGCUUGCAGUACUACUGCGAGCAUUGCUGGGCAACGAUUCACUCUCGACCAGGUCGGGAAUUCCACAAGCCGCUGGUAAAGGAGGGUGCGGAUCGGCCUCGAGCCGUGCCUUACCGCUGGUGUUAACCCCAGCUGCGUCCCUAAUUAUCUCGCAACCCUAGCUAAUUAACUACCACUUCUACGAACCACCCCAUCCCCCACGAGACACUUUACCCACCUCUACCUUCACCUCCGCCUCCGCCUCCGCCUCUGCCUCCAUCUCCAUCUCCAUCCACCCCCCCCGGCCGUGCUCAUCACCCUCGUCUCCGAAAACGAAAAGAAAUACCCUUCAUCCAACCACGACACACCCCAACUCCCCCGGCCCGUCCGACAGUCCGUCUCACCCUUAUCACUACUUACCUACCGGAACACACAGCCCGAAACCACUAUUACUACUACUACUACUACUACUAUUACUACUACUACUACUACUACUCUACUACUACUACUACCCACUCGAUCGUCAGUACUACCACUAUUCUACUACUACCACUAUUAUCGCUACUACUAUUACUACUCUAUCACUACUACCACAAUUACUAUUCAACUACAAGUUACUUCAACUCCACUGCUACUUUAACACUUUUACCGGUUACUCGACGAAGAAAACCACCCGCUGUUACCUACCAGCCGAUCCUCUCGGCGUCGCGCUGACCUUCGAUCUCCGAUCUCGCAGCAUCCGGAGCACACCCUGAACGAUACACGGUUUUACGGUGAAAAAAAGAGAAGAAACGUUCGUCAUCGGCGGAGGAGAACUCGUCGAUUUCGCUGUCGAACGAACCGACCGACCGACCGAUCGACCCACCAAAUGCCGAAGGAGGAAAAAGAGGCCGCGAGUUGGAUGUUGCGAGAAGUCGUGGUCGUCGAGAAGAACGAACGGAAAGAAGAAAGAACGGACAUGGAUUCUCGGUACAUCGAUCGUUCAUACGUACUAUCUGUCGGUCGUUGAUUGACUCGCUCGGUCUGUCCAAGAUCGAGUUUAUCUUAAUUACCGAAUCGUUACGAAUUUGCUAGCACCGAGGGUCGAGUUCGAUCGCCGAGUGCAAAGAUUCGCGAGAUCCUCUUCUCCUUGCCCGUUCGCUCGUCUCAUUUUUUUUCUCGCGGCGCAUCGGGCGAAGGCAGACAGAGUCCCUCGUCUAUCGAACACCGACCACGAGGAACGUGCUUUGGCAUCGAGCAGGGCCGCAACGGUACGGAACCACCGUUGACCGAUAAUCGCCUGUGAUCCUUUUGUACGAGCGAGUCGCCGAGACAAACGGAGAAGAGAGAGUUCCUCGUCGACGAAACCGGCGCAACACAGACUUUUCUUCUUCCUUCUGAUCGCCCGGCUGUCCUUUGUUCGAACAGCCAAGAUCAAGGAAGGGAACACCGAAGAACCAGGGGAAGAUGAUGUCUCUUUCUUUCGUCGAUCGUCCCACGUUUCCGUGGACGAUCGAGAGAGGAUCGAAGCUCGUCGAUGGAGAACCGCGACGCGGCCGUCGGUCGUCGUCGGAAAGGGCGAGCUCCGGCCACGAGAUGCACGAAAGAAACGAAAUGGUAAGAGAAUAUAUAGCGAGUACCUGAUUCGACGCGAAACUGCGAGAUUUAAAGAUCGAUAGAACGGUAGAGAGGGGGAGAAAGAGAACAAUCGAAAGAGUUUAAAAGAGUCGUCGAGACGAGCGCUGGUAGAAACGCGGAAGAGAGUGAUAGAAAAAUAGAGACUCGAAUCCGGGAGGCGAACCGUUCGCGAUUCAAUGUUGAAUAGAUAAUGAAAAACAUCCACGCUUCAAACCGCUGUGUAUUAGAUAAUUCUCUGUAUCACAGUCUUUAGCUCUUAAGGACUUAUUGAAUAUGUUACAUAGGUGCGUUAUAUAUAAAUAUAUAUUAUACAUGCGUUUAUCGCGUGGAUAACGCGACUCGCGCUCGUAGACGGAAUAUUUGAGAGAGAAAGAGAAAGAAAGAAAGAAAGAAAGGUAGAGAGAGAGAGAGAGAGAGAGAGAGAGAGAGAGAGAGAGAGAGAUGAUUUUUUACUAAUUAACUUAUCCGAGUGCGAAGCGUAGAAAAAAUUAAAGAAAAGGGGGAAAGAGUCAUAGCAGGGGGUGGGGGAGAGACAGAAAGAGAGAAAGAAAGAAAGAGAGAGAGAGAGAGAGAGAGAGAGUGCGAGUGAGUGAGCGAGCGAGUGAGUGAAAGCAAAUGAGAACGAAAAAGUUGACGAGGAUAAAAAAAAAAACAACGUAACGGAGCGUAAAUGGAAUAUUUAAAAAGUCGAUAGUUGAAUUUUCGUAGGGCGCGAUCGCGUCUGUCUAACCGUACCGGAUUCUCUGCCAAUACUUGAAAGCAGCGCGAGCGACUUUUUACGGGAGUCGUUUCGGGGGGGAAAAGAGAAGCGAAAAUGCGGGCCUCGGGCUCCCGUCGUACGAAGACAGUCCUGCUCGUUUUCAAAAAAAAAAAAAAAAGAAACGAAAGUACAAAAUUAACGAACGCGUCGCGGAUACGAGAACGUAAAAAAAAGUACGCGCGAUAAGUACACCGUUGAUAAAUGAUCCUGCGGGGGCGUAUCCGGAAACGAUUGGCACGACGACGGCCGAGGCGUAACGCUGGUUCUACGUACGUACGUUUUUUCUAGCUAGGCCCGCACGUUCCUUCUUCGAAAAACGAACGGUGAAUAUCUCUCUCGCGGAAGUAUAUGUAUAUGUAUACUUGGAAUAAGAUUCGACCUCGUGAACCGCGCGAAACGGACGAAAGGGAGAAAUCCCCGACGUCGUCGGAAGAGCCGGCUUCUCGAGGUCGUAGUUAAUUGGCUCGUCAUACGUCCGAUGAAAGAUUGGAAAUUGCGUACGAGGAGCAAAAAAUUCUUUUCGCGCCAAGUUAUAAACUAGACUCUUAGUAAAAUCGCAUGGAUCCCUUCAGUGUACAUACUGGCCCCUCCUCUGCCGUUACGAUCCGCGCGUAAAAUGGCGGCCGGGUCGAAUGCACCUUUUCUUAAUCCUAACGAAUUUCUUCGCUCGGUGUAUAUAAUCAAACGCAAUGAUGCAAUCGACGUAGUUCAAAUGAAAUCUCACCUCGACCGAGACACAUGUUAUUACAGGUUCUAUUCUUCGACGGAAAACCAGCGGGUUUUUCUCGACGGUAACUUCCCGGCGUGGCGCUUCCCAGCCACCGAUCGUUCGACCUUUUUUCUUUUCUUUCCAAGAGCACGACUCUGGGCUCGAUCCGUUGCCCCUUGUAAUCCGAUAAUUAGUAAAAGUAUAUAUUAUAUUAUAGCUUGAAUUGAGAGGCGAGUGCGACGAUCGAGGAACGGAAGGAAGCGCACGCACGGAACCCCAGUAUGCAACGUUGUGUGUUCCGCUUAAUAGAUGGACGUGUUCUAUACGUAGCAGCAUCAUCGAUCGAAACCAUAAUCUCGUAGUUUAAUCUCGCACGACGAGUACUCUUUAACGACACACUUCCGCGUGUACGCAUUCAGCGAAACAAACACACGCAACACACACACACACACACAUACCAGUAGAAAAAACCAUACACGCACGCGAUGAGGGACACCAAGCUUGGUCACUCUUUGAACGACGCGACACACGCAACGCGAACAGACACAGAAACACGUACGAAUUGGUAGAACAGGCGAUCACGGAUCAACAGAUACGUUGCGUACGUCUGGUGUAACGAGGAAUGGACAAACAAAAGUAAUCUCCACAUCUAUAUAUACAUAUAUAUAUAUAUAUACAUACAUACAUACAUAUAUAUAUAUAUUUAUUUUUUUGGUACUCUUUUUUGUAUAUACUUGUCGCCGUAGAUUAGGUGACGUCUAGGCACCGCACGAGGUACGAGCUAUGCGCACCAGAGUAAGGGAGAGUCGAGUGAAAAGCCGCGUUAACGAUCAUCCCUCCGUCCCUUCGUUCGUACAGAAUUCGUGCAGAUAACUCGCGAGCGUUUAACGGGGGCGGGUAAACGCGUAGUCUAAAUAAUUAACGAGUAAACAUCCGCUCGACGAUGAUCCGUCGAGACGAGCAACCCCGUUUUUCAUUCGCCCCCCACCUCCCUCGGCUGAGCAUUGGCAGAGACAGAAGGUAUUUAGACGAAACAUGCCGCAACGCGCGGACUUAACCAAACAGAAAAGAAGAAAUAAAUAAGUAAACCCGAGCAUCAGUAAUCGAUAGAGAACGAGGAACGCGUUGAGAUUUUUCUAUCCGUUGCUCCCGUAAUAUUCUAAAUAACGGUUAAUCUUUUCGUACGCACUCGACGAGUUCGAAGAUGUUCGUCCGAAGACUAUAAACGAGACGAAGAAGCGGGGGACAGUUUCGAUGAACGGCUAAAAAGUUAGAUAACGGGGGACGAGAGAGGAAAGGGCUCGAUCGAUCGAUCGAUCGAGCGAGCGAGCGAGAGAAAAUGAGACGAACAUUAGUUAGCGUAAUUUUUCCACGCAAGGCAAGGCAAACAAGGCAAGGCAAGGCAUCGUUCUCGCGUGGACGAGGAGCGAUUCCGUGCGGUACGCGACCGGUAAAUAAUAAAUUAAAUACCGCGGUGCGCGGGUGUGGUUUUUCGAUUGCUUCCAAGACGAAACUCCCUCGAUCGCGCUUCGUCGUCCCGGAUUCUGCACCGACGAACGUCGAACAUAACGCUCGGCAAUACAUUUUAUCGGCUCGAGAGAAAUCUCUUGCUAAAAAAUGUUUUCGAGUACCUUUUCACCGUGGACGUUUAUCGGGGGCGACGAGGAGACUCGAUCGCGACACCGCGGUUCGUAUAUUAGGUGAAAAUUCGCGACUCGUAAAUAUGCGUCCGUAAAGGGGGUGAUGCACGCGCCCCGGCAGAUUGCUCGUACGCGUCUACGCACGACAAACGAUACGGAUACGCGUAUAUGUACGCGUUGCCGCCGCGUAUGCACACGAUAUCUCGUUUGUGCACGGACAAGCUCUCCCACUAAUCGAUCGAUAUAAUUGUAGCGAAACUUAACUAGGUACCAAUUCACCUAAAUCAAUUGAUAAUUAAAGAAAAAGUAUACAUAUAUAUAUAGAGAGUAGUUUUGUUCCAAUACUUGAACGAAUCGAGUAUUUGGACGAGGACCGAGACCGAGAUUUUUCUAGACAAAUUUUUCUAUUCGUUAAAGAAUGUUUUGCUUCGAAUCGCGAAGCGUCUCUGGAACCUGCUAUUGGCGAACAAGAAUCGCGCGGUUUUUUGCACGAGCGAACACAAGCUGCCCGCGCCAGAACCGUCGCGCGCUCCACGGAACGAACCUUCUCGAGCGAUUUUCGCCGUAACUGUUCUGGCGCGGAACGUGCCAAUCCACCCACACGAACACACCACGCGCUUACACUUGUACGAGCACACACCAGCAUAGAUAAAAGCGCGCGUGCACGCGUUUUCCGUACGCGAGAACCGCUAGGACACACAUUACCGUUUAGCUAAAUUUAGCGGAACCCGCGUUUUGCAAUUUCGCGCGCCGUUCCACACGGAUAUUCUUUUUCGGCGUCCUCUGUAUCGCGAACACGCGUACGCGCGCGAGCAUCCAACACACGCAUGCACACGCGCACACACACACACACACACACACACGAUAGGAAAUUAAAACGAAAGCAGGAGCAAGAAACGUAUUGCGGUGCUUUAACCAAGUGUUCGAAAAUUACACGCGAAUUGGCUACUAUUUUCUAUAUUUGUGUGCCUCUACGACGAUGACGAUUAACCCUUUCGAUACGAUGCGACGCCACACAUCGCAUUUUCACGUAGUAACGUUUAUUGAUUAAUUUUAGAAUAAUCGUGUUUUAAAAAUCGUUCGACGAUAUACAAUUCCGCGUGGAAAAUUUUAAAAUAUACGCGUAGGCCUACAUCGUAGAUUUUACAACAGUAACGAGGAGUUUGUCGUUGUAUAGACAUUUUAAAGCAAACGAUCCACCACUUUCUAACUCCUUUUGUUCGUUUCAUUUUCGUUUCUAAAUUUCUUAAAUAGUAAAAUCGGUAGUCGAUAGAGGUGUGCAACGCGUUGCGAAUCGAUGGAAUAUUUUAGCGGGUGAACAUAGUAAAGGAUAGAAUAGCACCAGCGCGCGACGAACGGUGACCAUAGUCACCGGUGGUAUCGAAAGGGUUAACGAUUUUCGUGCAUCGAUCGAUAAACGAUCGGCAGCUCGUACCGGGUUCCAUGGCGUUGCGCGAUACUUCGGGAAUUGGAUUCCUUUAGUUAAUUUUUAUCAUCGCGAGUACUCUGCGUAUCGAGGCGAUACGAAAUUUUGUACAUUUAGAGAAAUUAGUAGAAAUUUUAUUUGAUGAAUUUUGUAUAUUCGUGACGAUUUAUUUGUGAAACGAAAAUCGUUGAUUCGAGCUCGGUAGGAGUUCGGAUGUGUCUGGUAGCUAGUCGAAAAAUACUUUUAAUUCGCCGAUAACGCGGAUCUAGCCGAAUUCAUUAGCAAAUCUAACUCGCGUUGCUCCGAAUCGAGAUUGCCCGCUCAACGAUCGAAUGUCUCCGCGAUGGAAUGAAAUCGCUGAUGCGAACAUAUCACUUGGAAUUUUUGUAAUUCGCGAGAGUGUACACGCGUCCCGUCGAUGCCUCGGCUUAUGCUCGCUUUCCGAAAACGGCGAAUAAUUCGGAGGGCGGCGCGCGUUGGGACUACGGAAAUCGGUCUCGUCGUCGUAGACGCACGGAAAUCGCAAUCUAUCCAAGUCUCUUGUUCGUCGUUCCGCAACAAAAAAAAAAAUAUGAGAGGAAAGACGCGGAGAACGCGGGAAAGUAGAAGCGAACGAGAAAGGACUGCCGCUGCAGUCGGCUAGCGAAAAAAACUUCUUUAUAUACAUACGAACAUGCACACGUACACACGAUGAAAUGCAUCCGCAAACGUGGCGCGCAAACAAUUUGAAGCAAAAAAAAAAAAAAUAAGAAUAAUAAUUACAAUAAUAAUAAUAUUAAUAUUAAUAAUACAAAAUAAUAAUAAUAAUAAUAAUAUUAAUAAUAAUAAUAAUAAUAAUAACGACGACGGUGUUGAUGAUAAAACUGCAUCCGCGGCGAAGUUAUCGUUUGAUAUCGCUAGUAACAAGAGUAACAACAAGAAAAUAAUAAAUAAUAUGUUAGGUAUGAUUCUUCACCUCCUUUGUAAUAUGUGUGAUAAAGCAUAAUAUAUAAUAUAAUGACAAUUAUAUAUAUAUAUAUAGAUAUAUAUAUAUAUAUGCAUACAAUAUAUAUAUAUAUAUAUAGAUAGAUAUAUAUAUAUAUAUUAUAUAUAUAUAUAUAUAUAAAGUACUAAUAUAUAAUUGAUAAUAACGAUUCAAAUAUCUAAUAUAUUCUGACAAACUUGGAAACAAAAGUAAACGGAAGUAUGUAAUUGGAAAUUAUAUACCGAUUGCGCGAAACGACAGUAGGGGAGGAAAUAAUGCAAAGGGACGAGGAGUAGGGUCGAAAAGGACACGAGGCAGGCAUCGUGUGAAAACCCGCCGCGGCGUUUUCGGGACGAAGCAACAAAAUGGCCGAGACAGAGGCACGCGAGAAACGGUGAAAAACUAGGAGUUUUGCCGGGCGGUAUUCACACGCGGGUGCACACGAAUAUUAUAAUUAUAUCGCGCGUAUACUGUCGUUCGAGUAAUACGUCUGUGUGUGUAAUUAAACGAAAGGUAACGAAACAAAAUGAAAAAAAGAUAAAAAUGUGGGUGGGAACGAGUAACAAUGGUAGUCAUUUACGAUAGAUUUGUAUUUUUCAGUGUUGAGAAGUUUUUUAUACCGCUGUUAUAUUCUUGUCUAAAUAUCUUAGUUCAGAAAGAAUGCGUGAGAGAAGAUUUCUGUAUCUUUAGCGUGCAUGCGAGAUUAGGCGCGUCCGAGUGCGUUCGAAUGCAAGGGAGAGGGAUAGAAUGGGUGGUAGGGGGAGAGAGAGAGAGAGAGAGAGAGAGAGAACGUUAGACGGUUGAUUGAGAACGGGUAGCGAGCGAAACGAAAGGAAAAAGCUUCGCGAGAAGCAGGAAAAUCGUAGCGAGCGAGGCGAGACGGCGGGAUCGCAUCGCGGGGGAUCGAGGGAAAAAGUCACGAUUCGGUCAUGACCAGUUUGCAUUUUCUACCGUGUGGGCGUAAAAGAAAGAAAUCGCCUGUUUGACGCGUAUCGCGUGCGACACGUCCGCGGAUACGAGAAACCAAACACCCGAUCGACCACCGUACGACCCAACGCGUCGCCGCAACCGGCCGAUUGCGGUUGUCGAAACUUGUUCGCAACGUCGACGUCCGCUCGAUAGAACGCAGUUCAUUAUCCGGAUAGACGACGCGUAUCUACACAUUAGACGGCCAUGUUCUUACGCACGCUUGAAAAAUUCAACUUUUAUAUAUAAAAUUGCAAUACUAACAGUAAGCAUAGUUAAAUGGAAAUUUCUUGGACGUACAGCAAGUGUUAACGUACAUACACACAGUAGUAAAAAGUUUGAUGUAUUUUUCCGUACUAUACGUAUACGUAUGCUUAGUUUUGUAUUUCUCAACCGUAGCAUUUGCACCUUUUUUUAUUUGGUAAAUAUUCAAGAAAUUUAUUACGUGUCUGGAUGAAUCGUUCCUCCAUAGUAGUAGGAAAGAAAACACUUGCUCCAACGAAUUCUAAGGACGACGGAUUAUUUGCUCGUGUAAUAUUUUUCUAUAAAUGUAUACAACUUGAUAACGUAUUUCCGAGUUGUCGUUAAGCGUAUGGCCGCCGGGUGUCGAUCGAUUAGCGAUAUCGAUUGCGCUAGAAUUCCGAGUGGCGACUAUUUUAGUCGGCGUUUAAGAGGUCGAGGCUGUGCUCGUGCAACGCGUUGCGCGAACGUCGAGGCCGAUCGAGGGGAAACCCGUACCGUGCGAUCACGAUCCCUCGCGAGCGAACCUCUCCCGAGAAACGGGUUUUUCCGAAGCUCGUUUCGCAAAAACCCCCGAGAAGAGACGAACGAACGGAACGCGAACGAGUUGUAGCAAACCACGAGACGACAUCGCGUCCACGAAUACGUCUACUUGUUGGUAAACGCUACUCGGUUCACCGUAUAUACAACUUCCUUGCUCACCCUCCGAUGUACCGUGUUCCGCGUACGAUUCGAUUGAUUUUUAUUUUUUUAAAUAAACGUUGUCGUCCUUGUAUACUUAGCAUUGUAACGGAGACAGACAUUCAUAGUGUUCGUAGCGAUAAGUUGCGUGUCUAUUUUCCAGUCUUAUCGUUUAUAUUUUGUUCCUUCGGUUCUUCUUUCCUUUUUUAAGUUUUCCAGUUGGACGUCUUUGAUCUUACUCUUUGAGUUUCCUCGUGGACGAAGAGGUCGUAUUGCCGGACGGAGGUUAGGCGAGGCGCGGCGAGACGAGGCGAGACCAGAGGACGGGAAAUCGAUGCUUGGCCGCGAUCAGGGCCGACUCGAAUCAAUUUUUGUAAAUUUUUAUCGAUACGUAGAGUUUGUCGCGAUCGUCACGGCUCGAAUGCCCGAACACCCGUCGGCCAACCGUUUAGAAAACGAACGCUUAGGCUCGCCUUGGACGCCACCGUGAACCAACCGACCGUUCGGACCUAUUCGUAAGCCUCUUCGUCCUUCUAGUUUCUCCUGUUUUUAGAAAUCCUAACGACCGGCCGAGCGCGCCCGUCUUCUCCUUCCUCCGUUUUGCGAAUUUUCUAUAUUGUCGCUACGAUAAUUACUAUUAGUUGAUAGUAUUUUAACGCGAUUAAUAUUAAUGCCGUUAUUAUUGCGAUUAUGAUUAUCACUAUUACUAUUAUUCGAUUACGAUGAAUGAUUAUUAUUAUAGCGUCUAUUAUAGAUAUAUAUGCGUAUGUAUAUCUCCAUGUACCAAAGAAAUAGUCGAACACACACUUUUGACACCGAUAUAUACAUGGACACGUGCACGUAUACACGUACACAUGUACACAUGUACACGCGUACAGACGUACGGGGCCCGACACGCAUGCAGAAAACGAGAGACGGGUAGAAAGCAUAACUAUAACUCGACGCGAAAGGACGCGACGCCGUGAGCCAGAGCCAGAUCCAGAGCCAGAUCGCGAUCGUAACGAUUUCUCUGAUCGCCGGUGUCCUUUCGGGUCGUGAAAAAUGUCCGUUCUCUUUUUUGGUAAUUGCGUUCGAACGCGGAUUAUAAUUGGAUCGUCGAAAUACGAUAUUCGGCUGUAUCGUCCCGAGUAUCUCGUGUAUCUCGAAUUCCCCAGGUCUGCGAUCAACGUUCACAUAGUUGUACAAAUUCCAGCAGAAUGUGAAAUUUCAAAUCUUCCGAAAAAGCAAAGAAACGUAAGAGAAGGAGAAACAGUCGCGCUUUCGAUCCGACGAUUGAAAUCCACAGCGAUAAAUGUGGUGUUUCGUAGAAAAAAUUGAUUAAAACCGGAUUCGUACUAUCGCCGCUCGGGUUGUACUAUAGUAUAAUGCGCUCAUCCAACGAUUCUGCUAUCCUAAUCGACGAUUUGAUCGUAGACCCAUCGAAGAAGCAUCUUACGGGGGGCAGAUACCGUGUAAUUUUCUUUGUUUUCCAUCGAUUAACGUAAUCGAUGAAUUAAUUAGUACAUCGAGCGAGGUCAAUCCACUGCGCCCGCGGUACUGGCCGCGCGACUAGAAGUAGUUUAGAUAAACUUAAUGUAUGUACAUGUAUAUGUUUGACGGAGACACUUAGAACGUAAAACGUGAUAAGGCUAUAAGACAGUAUAAACUGGAGCUGGGAGCCGUGCAAUGUUCUUACCGGACGAAAGAAAGCAACAGAGCGACGAGCAAAAAAAAGAAAAAAAAAAAGAAAAGGAGAGAUCGAGAGCGAGAGAAUGCGACCGUGUGUGCGAGAGAGGGAGUGAACGAGGGUAACGCGACGUCGAGAGAAAAAGACGCAUUGCGCGAAGAAAGGAAAGAGAAGAUAUUUUUUUAUUUUUUUAAACGAGAGCCUGAAAACGAAAAAUAGACUUUACACGCAAGAGAAAAUAUCUGAGAAAGGGAGGCAGUGUGUGUGUGCGCGUGCGUGUGUGUGUAUGUGUGUGCGCGCGCGUGUGUGUUUGCUGCGUGUGUUGCGUGUGUUGCGUGUGUGCGUGUGCGUGACAAAAGGCGGAAAAUAGAAAUACGGAGCAAAGUGCAUCCCAGAGGCGGGCACAGUGCAUGCGUUUUUUACGUAGAAA